AUGUCACGAGUUCACUCCUUGUCCGACGACCAAGUCGGGCAAGAGCUGCAGAAGAUGACGGCCUUCAUCAAGCGGGAGGCACAGGAGAAGGCGGAAGAGCUCAAAAUCAAAGCCAACCAAGAGUUUACGCGCGAGAAGACGAAACUGGUGCUGCAGGAGACGGACGCCAUCGACGUGGCCUACGAAAAGAAGUUCAAGCAGGCGACCAUGUCGCAGCAGAUCACGCGGUCGACGGUGGCCAACAAGACGCGACUCAAGGUGCUGGGUGCGCGCCAGGAGCUGCUAGACGACAUCUUCGAGGCGGCCGAGCAGCGGCUGGGUGACGUGACCAAGGACAAGAAACGCUACGGCGACGUGCUUAAGGUCCUGAUCCUUGAGGGCUUUUACGCCAUGAACGAGCCCGAGCUGCAGAUCCGUGCCCGCAAGGCCGACUACGCCCUGGUCGAGCCCGCCAUUAGCGCCGCUAUCAGCGAAUACAAGGAGAAGACGGGCAAGGAGAUCAAGGCGAGCAUUGACGAGGAGAACCCCGUGCCUGAGGGGAGUGCGGGUGGCGUUAGAAUCGUGGGCGGCGGCGGCAAGAUCGACAUUGAUAACACCCUGGAGGCUCGGCUGAGUCUGCUUAAGGACAGCGCUCUGCCAGCCGUGCGCAAGGCCUUGUUUGGUGUGAAUCCCAACCGCAAGUUCUUUGACUAA